AUGCAGAAGCCCCAGCUCUUGGUCCCUGUCGUGGCUACUCCAAAUGGAACUCUGGUUCACCCAGCAUACUUCUUGCUGGUGGGUAUCCCUGGUCUGGGGCCUGGCAUACAUUUCUGGCUGGCUUUUCCACUGUGUUUUAUGUAUGCUGUGGCCACCUUGGGAAAUCUGGCCGUUGUCCUCAUUAUUCGCAUGGAGAGGCGUUUGCAUGAGCCCAUGUAUCUUUUCCUGGCCAUGCUCUCCACCAUUGACCUAGUCCUCUCCUCCAUCACCAUGCCUAAGAUGGCCAGCCUUUUCCUGACAGGCAUCCAGGAGAUUGAGUUCAAUGUUUGCCUGGCACAGAUGUUCCUUAUCCAUGCUUUGUCAGCCAUGGAGUCAGCGGUUUUGCUGGCCAUGGCUUUUGACCGCUUUGUGGCCAUCUGCCACCCACUACGCCAUGCUUCUAUGCUUACAGGGCCUACUGUGGCCAAGAUUGGACUAGCUGCCCUGACCAGGGGAUUUGUUUUCUUUUUCCCUCUGCCCUUCAUCCUGAAGCGGUUGUCCUAUUGCAAGACAUAUACUGUCACACAUUCCUUCUGUCUGCAUCAAGAUAUUAUGAAGUUGUCUUGUACUGAUACCACUGUCAAUGUGAUCUACGGACUCUUCAUCAUUCUCUCAGUCAUGGGCGUGGACUCCCUUUUUAUUGGAUUCUCCUACAUCCUUAUCCUGCGAGCUGUGUUGGAGCUGUCCUCCAGGGGAGCUGCACUCAAGGCUUUUAACACCUGCAUCUCACAUCUCUGUGCUGUGCUCGUCUUCUAUGUGCCUCUCAUUGGGCUCUCAGUGGUGCACAGGCUGGGUGGGCAUACCUCCCUGCUACAUGUGGUUAUGGCUAACAUCUAUCUAUUGCUGCCACCUGUGGUCAACCCCAUUGUCUAUGGGGCCAAGACCAAGGAGAUUCGUUCAAGGGUCCUCCAUAUAUUCUCACAGGAUAGCAGGUGA